GCCCCGCGGGCCUGGUCUUUCUAUUUUCACCUCCGCCGCGGGGGCCCGGCUUGGUCCCAAUAAGAACCAAGGGGACACAACCGCGGAGGCCGCAGGAGGACUAAGCUAAGCAUGGAUGGCAGCCGGAGAGUCAGAGCAACCUCUGUCCUUCCCAGAUACAGUCCACCAUGCCUGUUUACAGGACACUUGAGCACCAAGAGCAACGCUUUUUGCACUGACUCCUCUUCUCUCAGACUAACCACUCUCCAGCUGAUCAAGAAUCACAUGGCUGUUCACUAUAAUAAAAUCCUUUCAGCCAAAGCUGCAGUGGACUGCUCAAUUCCAGUAAGUGUGAAUACUAGCAUCAAAUAUGCCGACCAACAACGAAGAGAGAAACUGAGGAAGGAGUUGGCACGAUGUGAGAAGGAGUUUAAAUUAAGUAAAUCUGCGAUGCAGGCCAAUUCUAAGAUGAAUUCCAAGUUCUUUGUAAACUCCCUGCAGAAGCCCUCAGGGGAACCACAAGACCAGGAUGUGUUACUAGAAGAAAUGACAAGAUAUCCACCAUUUCCAAAGUCACUCGUCUCUUCUUCAGAGGGACUGCAUCUAAGCCUGCCUGAAUCAAAUAAGAUGCUCAUGCAUGGCACCCAGAAGCAUCCCAGCACCCCUCCAUCCAGGUACUCAGGCUGUGGACAUGGCUGUGACAGGCGGCCUAGGAGUGCCCACCAGUUCCAGGUACUCAUCUCCAAGACACCAAGUGGAGAUCUGUUAGAAAAGCACUCUGACCUCUUCUCUAACAAUCAAUCGCCAUUCACUCCACGGACCUUAAAAACAGAAGCAAAGUCCUUCCUAUCACAGUACCGCUAUUACACACCUGCCAAAAGAAGAAAGGAUUUUUCAGAUCAGCGGAUGGAAGCCGAAACCCAAACCGAAUUAAGCAGCUUUGACUCUGAGCUUGGGACAGCUGAAAAAAAGAGCUCAAAGGAUUCAGAAGUGAACAUAAAACAGGCACCCAGUUACAUGAGAAAUGGUGCUGAAGACAAAAUAGCUCCUGUGCCCUCACAAGGACAAAAUGUAGCGUGGGACAAUAUUAAAGAUGGGAUUCUGCAGCAGUCCUCAGAAAGUGAAGAAGAACUGCUGUACCUGAGUUUCAUGGAAAAUGUGACGGAUGAGAUCUUGAAACUUGGUCUAUUUUCUAACAGGUUUUUAGAACGACUGUUUGAGCGACAUAUAAAGAAAAAUAAACAUCAUUUGGAGGAGGGGAAGAUGCGCUGCCUGCUGCACGGGCUGAAGGUUGACUUAGGCUGUAUAUCUGAGGAAGAUCCAGCAAAGCAAAAACAGUUCAGAAUGUUGAAUCAACUUCAUUUUCAAAAGCCUCUGAUUACAAGAGAAAACAAAUUUAUAAGUGAUGAAGAAAUAAUAAGUCACCAUGAGCGUCAGCAGUACCAGGAGGCCCUAGACAUGCUGUCAUCUAUGCCGAAGGACGAAAACAAGAUGUUCUCUUUACCGGGGGAAUUUUUAAUACCCGCCCAUAAAGCCAAGCAUUCAGAAGGUGUUAUAAUUCAACAGGUCAGUGAUGAAACAGAUCAUGAAGCCUUACCCUGGGAUGAAAACAAUCCAAGUGUUUCUGAUAGUUUAGCAGACCAGGAAACCUCUGUGGAUGUCAUUGAAGGUGACAGUGACUCUGAAAGGGUUGAGACUUCCAGGGAACUCUGUUGUCUAAGCACAUCACUGUCCCCGUCAGUUCCAUUCCCCAGCAUCGAAGGUGGCAGUAAUCAUGAUAAGGAAUUAUCCACUCUAAAAAUCAUGGAAAUGAGCAUUGAAGACUGACCUUUGGAUCUUCAUUAAUAAAUACUCCAUGUGGCCAGUAACUCAAUAUUACUUUUCUUCUUCUUUUGUCCCCUUUUACAUAUUAAGAUUUCUGUAAUUUCAAUGCUGUGUAAUAAAUUACCAUAAAUUUAGUGUCUUGAA